CAGAGCAGAUUCACUCCUGCAGUCAGUAGAGACACUGUGGGCAUUAACAGCCAGGAGCUACUCAGGAGAGCUACAGCAACUUUGAGUCCAGAUAUUUCUCUCUGAGUCGAUCUUGAGUCAGAUUGCUCAGCGAUGGCCAAAUGGGGGGAAGGAGAUCCUCGGUGGAUCGUUGAGGAGAGAGCUGAUGCCACCAACGUCAACAACUGGCACUGGACUGAGCGGGACGUCUCGGCCUGGUCCUCGGAGCGCCUCCGUCAGCUCCUGCUCGGCGUGCGGGUGGAGGGACCAGAGGGCGUCUGCGAGGUGACGGACGUCAGCAAGCUGGACGGAGAAGCUUCCAUCAACAACCGCAAAGGAAAACUCUUCUACUUCUACGAGUUUCAGCUGAAGGCCAGCUGGCUGGGUACGUCCUGCAGCGGACUGAAGUACAGAGGGACCAUCGACGUCCCCAACCUGUCCGAUGAGAACGAUGAAGAUGACCUGGAUAUCUCCGUGUCGCUGUGUAAGGACCAGCCCAGCACGCCGCUGUUGGACCUGAUGAAGAGGUCUGGGAUUAAGGAGGUCCGUAGGGUUCUGGGCCAGUACGUCCGCGACCUAAAAUCAGAUUUCAGUCAGGGGAUGAUCCUCCCCACUGCUGACGGACAGAAACCAUCCACACCUGUGGUGACCAAGAAGAACCAGGUGAAAAGCAGCAAAACUCAGAUUAGCUCUGAUGCAAAGUGCUCGUCCGGCCCUGCUCCUUGUCCCAAAGGUGUUCACAUCCAGACCUGCAGCUUCAGCCUGAAGGAAACCUUCCAGACCUCUGCUGACGAACUCUACCGGACCUUCAUCAACCAGGAGUUUGUUCAGGUGUUCACGCGCUCAGCGGCGACGGUUGACGGCCGACGAGGAGGAAGGUUCCAGCUUCUCGAUGGCAGCGUCAGUGGAGAGUUCACAGAACUGGUGCCGGACCAGAGGAUCGACAUGAGGUGGCGCUUCAGGACGUGGCCAAACGAGCACUACGCCACCGUCAGCCUGGAGCUGCUGGACCGAGGAGAUGAGACGGAGCUGAAGGCGGAGUGCCGAGGAGUUCCUGCAGGAGAGGAGGAGACCACCAGGGAGGGCUGGAAACGCUUUUACUUCCAGGCCAUCAAACAAACGUUUGGAUACUGAAGAACAUCUGAGAAGCUCCCACUUCAGAUGCAGCAGAUCCUGCCCCGGACCGACCAGCGUGCCAUCAUUCCUGUUUUUCCUGUUUUUUGGCUGGAACUCCUCGUUCGGACAGCGGGAAGCUGCCAGCGUGCCGCCUGGAGAACGUCCAGAUGGAGAGGAACCUCAGAGACGGCGUCACUGGGACGGCUGCUGACUGUUGGGCUUCAGACGCACAAACGUCACCUCAAGCCUCCAGCAGCCGCCAUGAAAUGCUAAUAAGCUGUUUUCAUUAAAAGAAUUCCUCUUAA